GUCCAGUAUAUGAGUGAAAAUGAUGAUCAAUUUGAAGUGAGGCACACAAUUGAGUCAAUCAAACUUUUCAUUGCAUUUAGUUUUAGUGUUAGUUUACUCUCAAAAGUGAACACAUUUUGUGCAUUUCAUAACACUUUUUAUGUAAAGUGGGUUUAGUUUUGAUUGCAUUACUAUUGCAAACAAAUUGCCUCUAAUUUGACGAUUGGUUUAGUUUUAGAAAUUGUUGUCAAAAAAUGCACGGAAGAGUGAAAGUGAAGACAGAUUUGCAAAAACAGUUGGAGAAACAGAAGGAGAAGGAAGAGAAAUGUCGACAAUAUAUGGCCGUUCAGAAAGUGGUCUUCCAGAGGAGAGCUCUCGAGGAAUAUGACAGCGAAUCGUUGUCAACGAGCGGUCAAUUGGUUUCAGUGAAUCCAGACUUCUAUAGCGUUUGGAAUUUCAGACGAGAAAUCAUUAUUCGUAUGAGAGAUGAGGCGAAGAAUACGGGAGACAACGACUCGUUUGACAAGAUUUGUCGAAAUGAACUCCAAUUGACGGAAAACUGUUUGAAAGUGAAUCCCAAAUCAUACUGUGUUUGGCAUCAGAGGUCAUGGAUUAUCCAGAAUAUGUCCACUCCUGACCUCAAGACUGAGAUCUCUUUGUGCAAUAAAUUCCUUCAAUUUGAUGAACGGAACUUUCUUUGUUGGGAUUACAGGCGAUUUGUGUCACAUUUGGCCGGAGAUAACGUGGAAUCGGAAUUGGAAUUUACUUUACAUAAGAUUCAGCAAAACUUUUCAAACUUCAGUUCUUGGUAUUACCGGAGCUGUCUGUUCAGGUCUGCGGCCAAUAAUCAUAGCUAUGACUUCAGUAAGCAAUGGAAACAAGAGUACGAUUUGGUAGAGAACGCCAUAUUCACGGACCCGACGGAUCAGUCGGCCUGGUUUUACCAUAAAUGGCUCGUCUCUACUAAUUAUGGUCACAAUAUUCUUCCCUCAAAACAAUUAGAUAAUGAAAACAGUGUUAAAAUCAAUAGAAUUGUAUUGAAUAGAAGUCAAGGGCUACUCGUUCUCAAUCUGUCCCGUCCUCUGAAACACAAGCCUUUAGUAUCAGUCGUUGUAAACGACAAAAUGCUGACCAAUUCUGACUGGAAUUCGCCCAAUGAUGCCGACUCUAAAGUUUGGUUCAUUCAUUUGGAUCCCUUUCCCACCAAUCAAAUCAAUGGACUAACUAUUAGUCCAAUUCCAACGUUUGCUAAAAAUCCAGAAUUAGUUGAAUUAAUUGAUUUAAAACUUGUUUCCAACGAAACAAAUGAAAAACAUUUGUUUGUUUGGGAGAGAAAGUCACACAAUUUGGACCAACAGUGGACUCUAGAGGAGUCUUAUCUGAAGACAUUGCGUGAAUUACACAAAUUAGAGCCAAACAAUAAAUGGGUGAACCUAACCCUUGCAUGGAAUGAACCAAACAAAUCGGAAACGGGCUCUAUAUUUGAUACACUCAUUCAAUUGGAUCCAUUGAGAAACAAUUACUACAACGACUUGAGUGAGUAA